AUGGACAAACACCCACACCAUGAUGUCGACGCGAUGCGAUCAGACAUUGAGGCCGCUAGACUACGCCCCGUCGCAGCGGAUAGUCGGCUCGCCAAUCCGAAUCCAUUGGGCUUCGGGGCAUUUGCGACGACUUUGAUGACACUCUCGCUCUCAAAUAUGGGAUUUCGGGGUGUUGAUAACCAGACGGUGUUCAUCGCCGAUCUCUGUCUUUUGGCGGGUUUUGGCUUGUUGAUUUCGGCUCAGUGGGAGAUGGUGAGGGGGAGUACGUUUGGGUAUACAGUGCUUGCUGCUUUUGGAUUAUAUUACGCUGGAUAUGGUGUGCUGCUAAUGCCAUCAAUGGGCAUCGUGGGCGCUUACGGUGGAAAGUCGCCUGAGUUUUAUAAUGCUUUUGGGUUCUAUCUUCUCGUCUGGUCCAUCUUGAACUUCUUUUUCUUUCUAGCCUCCCUAGCAACAAACAUCCCAAACAUAAUAAUCUACGGCGCUCUCGAACUCUCAUAUAUAUUCAACUGCGCCUCGCAUUUUGCACUCGCCGACGGGAACGCGAGUAUGGGGACAAAUUUGACCAAAGCAUCCGGUGCCUUUGGCUUCGUCUCGGCGCUGGCUGGGUAUUACAUGCUGUGUCAUGGCCUUUGUCAAGGGGCGCUACCAUUCAAAAUGCCAUUAUGUGAGACAGAAAGGUUUUUCCGCGGGCGGAGACCUGUUGGGAAGGAGAUGUAG